UAUACAUACAUAUAUACUCUUGUAUUUACUGAAAGCUACUACCUAGUAUCACUUUGUUACAGAUACAAAAACUACAGGUUAUGAGUCCUACAAACUUUUCGGAAAUAACACUAGCUGCUGGAGGUGUCACCACAGCAAGUGUCCCAAAACUAAAAGACGACAGUAGUAAUUGGGGAGCCUACAAGACUAGAAUGCUAGCCAGCGUGGCAGCUUGUGGCUUAAUGAGAUACCUUAGUGGUACAGCCAGACCCCCAAGGCCACUUAAGCUCAAUACUGAUGGAGCGCCUGUAAAACCCAACGGAUCACUGGCUGACGAAGACGAUGUUGAGGAGUACGAGAUGAAAGUCAAUUCUCACAUCCAAAAGCACACCAUAGUGAUGCAACAAAUGGUUGCAUCUAUGUCAGACAUGAUGCUUGCCAGAACACAAGCAAGCGGGAAAGCAAACACUGC